AGUCGUUGGGAGAUCACACAUAGUUGUCAGGCAUUAACAAUCUGUGUCGAGAUACAGUUACAUUAAAGUUUUGACCCCCAAUGAUCAACAUCUCUAAUCUUCAUAAAAAAAAUUUCAAACAAAAGUUAAGCAGGUAAAAUCCCAAAGAAAAAGAUAAGCUACGGAAUGUCCCAGUCACAAGCCCAAUCCCCCAAUCACAUGCUUAAUAUGGAGGGGCAUGAGGACCUAAAACAAUGGCUUAAGGAGCAACGUAUUAUCCUGGACCUGGGUACCCGUCGCUAUUUCUCUGAUGUCCUACCCGUGGCCAAGAUUGUUAAGAAAUGCCAUCCCCGUCUAGUGGAUCUGCACAAUUAUCCGACCAAAUGCAGUGUGGUGCUGAAGCUUAAAAGCUGGGAUACGUUCAACGCCAAAGUUCUUAAGAAGUUGGGCAUUAAUAUGCCACGUGCGUUGAUGGAACAACUGGCUGCAGCGGUCCCCGGAGCUAUCGAAACGCUAUUUCAGGAACUUAUUGCUGUGACCAAGUGUGGCAGUCCCAGACCGAGUCCCAUGCUGCAAGCCUCGCCCACGCGUUCCCAAAGAAGCGAAGUGGUCAAACAGUCGGUUAAUAAGGAUACCCGGAGUCGCACCCUCAACCGAUCCCUCACUCAAGUGAACGAGCGUUCCUCCUCCAAUGAUAAGAUACCCAAAGUGCUGACCAUGGACGUGGACACCCUUGUCAAUGGAAAGAUCAAGAAGGUGACCAAAAAAGUAGUUGACUAUGAAUAUUAUACAAGAGCAGUAAGAGAGAGCGCCGAAAAGUCCAAUUACAUCAGCUCCAUCACCCAGAAAGCUGACUAUCUGGAGAGUAUGAUUGCCGUGAAGGAGGAGCGCAUCUCCGAGCUGAUGGACCAACUGGGCAAACUCUCGGUGAGCAUUCUUUCCAUGCGACCCAUGCUCAGCGAUAACGAUGACGAUAAUAGAAUCAGUACAAAUACCCAUACCCAUAUUAACGACGACUCUGAGCCCUACAUCGAGUUCACCACCUAGCCAAGCGGCGGAGGAGCCUGUUCUUGAGGAUCAAAUCAAAAACAAAAUAUCAAUUUCGGCUCCGCCGUUGGACGACCGCAUGUUAUUGGAUAUAUCUGUACCAUAUAUUUUGUAUUUCAAUUUGCAUUCUUGCAACACUUUCUUUGGCUUUACACCAAAUAAACAAAGCGAAAUUGUUACGUCGUUCAAAAA